CUCCUUUAUGUUCAUUGGUUUUGGCCACUGCAAACAUUUGAUAAUGAUUUGCAGACCUUCCAGCUUGUUAGAUUGUUACGUCAGCAUGGCCCAAAUGCUGCAGUUCUACCUGCUGAUAUACUCCUUUGGCCAUGCCAUCUGAUUCUGUGUUUUUCUUGCGAGGGAAUUGUUGAUGAGGUAGAACAGUUUUAUCUUAACCAGUACAUUGACUUAGAAUUAUUUGAGUGUCUCUCAUGA